CUAAACAACAUCAGUUACGCGGACGACAUGGUGCUGCUGGCUCCCUCCAUUGGGGCGCUCCGUAAACUUAUAGCUAUAUGUGAAUCCUACGCCUCCUCACACGGUUUAUUGUAUAACGGGAAAAAGAGUGAGAUAAUGAUUUUUAAGGCUGGAAACAAGUAUCCCACUAUUAUACCUCCCGUCCAACUAAACGGCAUCGCCCUCGCGAGAGUCACUCGCUUCAAAUAUCUCGGGCACGUUGUUACUGACGAUCUGAAGGACGAUGCCGAUAUGGAAAGAGAGCGAAGAGCAUUGUGUGUGAGGGCGAACAUGCUGGCCCGCAGGUUUGCUAAGUGCUCAAAUGCAGUGAAAAUUACUUUAUUCAAGACAUACUGCUCGUCUUUUUACACUGGCAGCCUGUGGGUCCGAUAUACCCAAAAGUCAUACAAUGCUAUUAGGGUGCAGUACAACAAUGCCUUUAGGAUGCUGAUUGGCCUGCCCAAGUUCUGCAGCGCAUCCAACAUGUUCGCGGAGUCACGGACGGAUGGAUUUGCAGCAAUUUUGCGCAAGAAAGCAGCGUCUCUGUUGAGCAGAACGAGGGACAGCCCGAACAGCAUCCUAAAGAUGAUAGCUGAUCAUGUGUGUUGUCCUGUAAUUAAUGAAAUAAUUUUAAAUGUAAAAUCUAAUUUAGUUUUUAAGUACUAACAUUAUUUUUAAGAAUGUACUAAC